AUGGUUCUACCUGCUGAAGCAGUCGAAAAGCGAGGAUUGCUCUUAGAACCGUAUCGUGGACUGGCGCCAGAAGAAACAAGCGGCAUUUACAGCAAAUCCUUUUUCUUCUGGUUAAACCAACUCGUGAUUUCUGGAUUCCGGCGUGUUCUCCGGAAUUGCGAUUUGUAUCCUAUCGACGGAGAUAUGUCCUCCUCGGUUCUCCGACGGCGAAUGAAGAACGCUUGGAGUGCUGCAACGCGAGAUAAAAAAAGAGCGCUUUUCUGGACGGUGCUACAGGCUAAUGUGAAGCCGUUACUUUUUUGUAUCGUUCCGCGUUUACUACAGAUGGGCUUUAGAUAUACUCAGCCUUUGUUACUCACACGCACUAUCGCUUUUACAAAUGAUGAGAACCAGCCAAAUAGCAUUGGCUGGGGCCUUGCGGGCGCCUUCUUUAUAGUACUCCUAGGUGUCGCAGUUUCAAAUGGAAUUUUCUACCAUAUGACUUUUCGCUUCGUGACCAGCAUCCGUGGCAGUCUGAUCGGCCUGAUCUAUUCUAAAACGGUCAAUCUCAGCGUCACAGCUCUCGAUGAGUCAGUUGCGGUGACUCUGAUGUCCAGUGAUGUCCAAAGUAUUUGUACUGGUUUUCAAUUAAUAAAUGAUCUAUGGGGAGUUCCCCUUGCGCUAGCAAUUGUCAUCUAUCUCUUGACCCAACAACUCGGCAUUGCGGCGCUCAUGCCAGCUGCCUUAGUGUUCAUAUCCACUGUUGCUAUCGUAUGUAUGGCGAAAGUCAUGGCACAUGCCCAAAAGAUAUGGAUGAAGGGGAUUCAAACACGAGUUGACGUCACGGCCACCAUGCUAGGAUCCAUGAAAUCCGUUAAGAUGCUUGGCUUCACUGAUUGGCUCGCUGAUAUCGUCCAAGGUCUUAGAAUCAGUGAACUCCAAGAUGCCAGACUUUAUCCACCAGCUCUGACGUUUGCCAUUUUCACAAAAAUGCCGCAGAAAGGGCAUUCGUUGACAUUUGAUUUGGUUUACACGACCUUGUCCUUGAUUUCGUUGCUAGCUUCCCCCAUUAACACGUUCAUCCGCGCCAUCCCUGCUAUGAACACUGCUUUAGGGUCUUUCGAUCGCAUACAAGAAUUUCUUCAGUCGGACGGCAGGUGUGAUCAUCGUAUAAUUUGGGAAGAUUCUGCGGCGAAAACACCCGAGGUUCAAUCAAGAUCAGGAGGAUUCGAACUCUCAGACCUGACUCAUUUGAAGCAGAAGCCUGCGUCAGCAGUCAUUAGUGCUCGAGAUAAAGGUCAAUUUCUUUUCAUUAUUGGCCCCACUGCCUGUGGUAAGAGUACCCUCAUGAAAGGUAUAUUGGGUGAAACACCAUCAACAAAAGGCCUUCUAUACACGAGUUAUCGAGAUGCAGCAUUUGUCGAUCAAACCCCAUGGAUCCGCAACAUGUCAUUUAGGGACAAUAUCUUGGGCUGUGAAAAUUACUUCGAAACAUGGUAUCAGGAGGUUGUCAGCCCCUGUGGACUGGAUCAAGAUGUUGCAAAUCUUCCUUACGGUCACUCAUUGAUGCUAUGGAAGGAAAGUCAAGCCCGAGAAAAUGGAGAUUUCGGUCUUUACUUAUACUAUCUUGGGUCUGUGCAUUGGGCAUCAAGUGCUUUUUGGAUGACUUUCUUCAUCCUCGAAGGAAUAGUGCCCAAGCUGAGCGAGUUAUUAGUCAAAAUCUGGAUGAGCUCAUUGGAAAAACAAGGCAGCGCUGUCAACUCCUUUUACUUGGGUGUAUACGCGUUGGUUUCGACUAUGGCGGCCCUUGCUCUCGUGAUUGGAGCUCACCAUCUUUUCAUGUUCUUCGCUCCCCGAAGUGCUGAAAAUCUCCACCAACGCCUACUAAGUUCGGUGAUUCAUGCUCCCUUGUCAGUUUUCCCAUCAGUUGACACCGGCACCACUAUGAACAGCGCCGUUCUCGGCGGUAUUCUGAUGAUUCUUGUCGUCAAAUUGCGAAAUGAGGUUGGCACUGGAUACGCUGGUCUCGCCAUUCUCAAUAUCAUCACCUUUAGCCAAUCGCUUUCGCAGAUUCUACGGAAUUGGGCCGAGCUUGAGACAUCGAUUGGAGCUAUCGCUCAAAUUCGAGAUUUCGUUACCAAUACCGCCUCCGAUGACAAGCCGGGCGAGGAAAGGGAGCUCCUGGCCAUCUGA